GGAAGCCCGGCUGAAUGACUGGUUUCCAGCCCAACCUGGCUUCCCUGGGAAGCAGGGGGUCCGGGGAAGGUCCCGGGCUGCUGUGAGUCUUAUCUGAUGCCGCUUGGAUACAAUGUGCGCUCAAGGCCAAGAGUCCUUUGAUGGCUGAUGGCCUUUCCAGCCCAGCUGGGGCAGAUAUUUUAAGCUCCCGAGGAAGCGCGGACGCCGGGCAAUUCCGCCGUCGGGGAGCGAACCGGUUGGUCCCGUGCAAGGUGUUUCCCCGCCAGCCGAGGGAGAAGAGGCCCUGCCCACCCCUACGGUCAAUCUGCCAUCCCCCUGCUCCGGCGGCUGGAGCCGGAGGAGCCGGGAGGAGCUGGGGCGCUUGGAGGCCCGCGUUGGAGACCGGCAGACCCUGUCCGCAAAGCCCCCGAGGAUGAAGGCUCUCAUGACCGCCCUGCUGACCGCCCUGCUGACCGCCCUGCUGACCGCCCUGUUUUGUGCCGCGCAAGGUGUCGUCGGCAAGGAGGUGGGGCCUGACAGGCCGGAGACUGAGGACGUGGAGGAGGAGGAGGACUAUGACGACGAGGAUCUGGAAUACGAAGCGCCGACGGACGGAAAGAGAGGCGGCGAACUGAGGUGUUACACGUGCGAGUCCCAGUUCAGCAAGGAGUUCUGCCUCAACGACACCCCCUGUCCAUCUUCCAGCAACUACUGCAAAACCCUCAUCUCCUCAGGGUUGACAGAUUCCGGGCACCUGACCACCUACUCCAUGUGGUGUGCGGACUUCUGUGAACCACUGACCAAGACCGUCCACGGGACGUUCUUCAUGGUGAGCUGCUGCUCCAGCAGCCUGUGUGGAGCGGACAGCCUCGACCGGAAGGAGGAGAGGGACGGGGCUGCCGCCGUGGCCGGGGGGAGUCUGGCGGCCCUGGGGGCCAGCGUCCUGCUCGGCCUGCUCGGGGCAGGGCUCUGAGGCAGCGCCGGGUACGGGGGAUGCCCUGCAGCCCCCGUUCGCCGCGAAGUCUCUGCAGACCUGGCAUCCCCACCACAGGGCUCGACCCUCCCAGACCAGCUCAUUCCCUCUCCCUGCAUCCCACAACUCUGCUUCCUCCAUCCCCGCCCCGGCGACCCCGGGGAUGACCCGGCACUGGUCCCGGUGGGAUCUGGACGGGCAGGAAACCUGGGAAUACCGGCACAAGCUCAAACCGACGUGACCCGACAGUUUCCCAGCGCCCCCCGCCUCCGUUCCCCACCGCACCCUUGCCGGAGAGGGGGGCGGGGGGAUCGGCCGAGCACCGAGGCCUUUGCCGCAGACAAUAAAGGUUUUAUUUCUGAGUCAGCCGUCAA